UCGAUAUUGGACGACUCACCCCGGCUGAAGUGCCCACUGGAGAAUCACUCCCAGGAGAACGUCGCUGAGAAGCAAUGCUACUCGAUUGAGGUCAAGCGUCUCAUCAAGGGGUUCCACAACCCCGUCUCUACAAGUCUUCGCAUUGACCUCCUUAUCGUUGACGAGGUGCAGACUGGUGUUGGUGCCACCGAAGGCCUAGACUUCUGGUUACUACUUCGGCAACCCCGCUAUACGCCUACCACUGGUUCAACCCCUAGCCCGUGCCCUCAUCAUCCAUGGGAUCUACAUGCGUUUUCGCUCGCCUAUCUGAGAGGUACCCUCAGCACUUUCAGAACCUCCGUGUUCGUCGCUAAGGCAAAGUCUUUCGAUGUCAACAUCGGUGGCUCCUUUCACCAAAAAGUUCAGCACAUGCACCAGGGCCUAUAG